UUAGUUAUCAAGGGAAGUCAUGUCCUUGUUAGAAUUUGGCAAGACUACAAUGUGAGGGAAUUCAAACAGCAAUUCUUUAAUGUUAAAGUGACAAUAUUAACCUUGGGAGAAUAUUGGCGGGAAACAUGUGAAGAAAUUUUGAGAAGUAAGAAAGAGAGACCCAAUCUUCAACUCUAAUGGAUUCCAACUCCGAUUCCGAUGGCUCUCACAUUUCAUCAACACCGCCACGUCACCGCCACGCCGGAAAAUCAAGAACUCAACCCAAGCACACUUCCUUAAUUUCCUCAAAAUCAACAACUCAACCCAAAAACAAAAACACUUCCUUAAUUUCCACUAAAUCUUCCCGCCCAAUUCUUAGACCAAAAAUCUCAACCAAAAAACACCCCACAAAAGUCCCACCAAAAUCAACCAUUCAAACCCAACCUAAUAUUCACCAAAACGACACCGUUUGCACUGAAACUCUUCCAAAUUCAUGGAAAUUCGCUUCCUCUUCAAGAACACAGGAAUCCCCAAUUGAAAAUUCACUUUCCCCACCUAAAUUCUCUGAUUUACCCUUCCAAAUCCAUCGAAACGACGCCGUUUUGUCCCAUGACAACAGUUCAGGUGGCUUGUGCUUACAGAAAUUUGCUUCUUUUUCGAAAACCCGUAAAACCAUUCUCAAUUUCGAGCCUGUUGAAGCUGAUUUUAUUGAACCCCAUUUGGCCCAAAAGGAUGAAAAGGAAGCAGUUGAAAAAGUUGUGAGGAAACAUCCUAAUUUAAUAGGGAGCAAUGCGUCGUCUUCGUUGCCAGUAAAGAAGGUUAAAUGUACUAAUGAGGGUAAUUUUGUGAGGUUGAAUAUAAAUGGUUAUGGUAAAAAGAAGUAUGCAUCCAAAUUCAAAAGAAAGAAUUUUAACUCAUCGAGUGGUAAAAAGUUUUAUAGGAGAUGGAAAAAGAAAGUUGAGGUUGCGGGUAAGGAGGGAGAGAAUGGUUUGUGUGAUGAAGAAGGUUUAGUUGUGGAAGCUAAGGGAAGAGGGGAAAGAUUGGAUUUUGAUGCAGAGUUGAUUGAAGAAGCCGUGACGAGAGUUAGAAAUGAGGUGUCGGAUGAGAAUUUGUUGAAGUUGUUGAAACUGACUUAUGGGUAUGAUUCAUUCAGAGAUGGGCAGUUGGAGACAAUCAAUAUGGUGCUUUCAGGGAAAUCUACAAUGUUGGUUUUGCCAACGGGUGCUGGGAAGUCGCUGUGUUAUCAGUUGCCGGCAAUGGUUUUUCAGGGAGUUACAGUCGUUAUUAGCCCUUUGGUUUCCUUGAUGAUUGAUCAGUUAAAGCAGCUCCCUGCUGCAGUUGAGGGUGGUCUUUUGUGUAGCAGUCAGACACAUGAGGAGGUCUUGGAAACGUUUAGGUUACUAGAAGAAGGAUCCAUAAAGGUCCUUUUUGUUUCACCAGAGAGGUUUCUCAAUUCAGAAUUUUUAUCCUUUUUUUGUGACACUCAAAUCUCACUUGUGGUUAUUGAUGAAGCCCAUUGUGUUUCUGAAUGGUCACACAAUUUUCGGCCUUCGUAUAUGCGGCUUAAAGCAUCAUUGUUGCGUGAUAAACUGAAGGCUCAAUGCAUACUUGCAAUGACAGCAACAGCAACUACUAAAGCAUUGUAUCAUGUGAUGCAUGCAUUGGAUAUCCCAUCAACUAAUCUUAUCCAAGUAGUGAAACCAAGGGAUAACUUGCAGUUAUCAGUAUCUUUGAGCCAAAACAGGAUGAAAGAUCUGAUGACCUUGCUGAAGUCUUCCCCCUUUUCAGAGGCUAAAAGCAUCAUCAUUUACUGCAAAUUUCAGUCCGAAACUGAUUUCAUUUGCAAAUAUCUAUGCGACAGUAAUAUCUCGGCAAAGAGUUAUCACAGUGGAAUUUUUGCAAAAGAUAGGAGCCGUACACAGGAACUAUUUUGUGCAAACAAGAUUAGAGUGGUUGUUGCAACUGUGGCAUUCGGCAUGGGACUCAAUAAGAAGGAUAUCGAAGCUGUAAUACAUUACAGCUUACCAGAAAGCGUGGAAGAGUAUGUCCAGGAGAUUGGUCGUGCUGGACGUGAUGGUAGAUUCGCUUAUUGUCAUCUCUUUUUUGAUGAUAUUUCCUAUUUUAAGAUUCGCAGUCUUAUGUACAGUGAUGGUGUCGAUGAGUAUGUGGUGAACAAAUUGCUGUGUCAAAUUUUCGGUGGCAGCACAAAAGCUGCUGGGAAAAUAUGUUCAUUAGUUAAAGAGUCUGCUUCUCGUAAAUUUGACAUGAAAGAAGAGGUAAUACUUACAAUCUUAACACAAUUGGAGCUAGGAGAGGUCCAAUACUUGCAUUUACUCCCACAGACGAGUGUAACAUGCACUUUAAACUUCCACCAGACUUCUCCCGCAUUGCUAGCUAUGAAAGAUGCUGUGAUUGCUACUAUUCUGAAGAACUCUGAGAUCAAAGAUGGGCAGUAUAUAUUUGACAUACCAAGUGUAGCAAACAGCACUGGACUGCAAGUUGUGGACUUGACAAACCAUUUGCAAACUUUGAAGUUUAAGGGGGAAGUCACGUAUGAGCUGAAGGAUCAAGCUUAUUGUUAUGUUAUCAUGGACGUCCCAAAGGAUAUCUGUUCUUUAGCAACAUGGCUUACAAAAUGGUUAUCUGAAGUUGAGAGUUGCAAGGUAAGGAAGAUGGACACGAUGUAUGAUGCUGCUGUAUUUGCAGCAGAAGCAUGUGAUAAAGUGCAUGGUUGCCAUGGCCAUCAACACACACCUUGCUUGCAAAGGAAGAUUGAAGAGUAUUUUAUACGUGGUACCGAAGUUGACGUUCCAAAGAAGAUUGGUGGAAGCAGCCCAUUUUUGACAGCUGAUAUAAAGGUAUUUCUGCAGUGCAACUCACAUGCCAAAUUUACUCCCAGAGCCAUUGCAAGGAUAUUGCAUGGCAUCGCAAGCCCAGCAUUCCCGUCUGCUGUUUGGUCGAGAACUCACUUCUGGGGAAGGUAUAUGCAAACAGACUUCAAAGCAAUAACGGAAGCAGCAAAGGCAGAGCUCAUGAAACUUGUAGGGAAAGAUUCGAUGUUGUGACUGGGAUUUAACUUAAAAAGCUACAAAAUGGUGAAGAUACCAUCAACUAUCUAAGAUAUGCUGCUAUAGUUCCCUCUUGUUUCCUUGGGAUGGAGCAUGAAAGCUACAUCCUAUUUCUUUCUUUUUUCUUCCCGUGCUUGCAUGAGCAAGAAUACAUACAGGUAACGUCUUGCUGCUAGCACUUUUUAGGUGAUUCACAACAUUUAGAACUUCUGAUCCUAUCUUUCCAAAGGCAACUACUUGAAGAAUACAAAAGCUUCCCAUCAAGAGUAUCCUGCAAUUGAUGCAAUUUCCAUUUCACAAUUGAGGACUACUGUGAAAGAGCUAAGGAAUAAGGUCUCCACUAGAACAAAUCCAUUGUUGGUUAUCUAACCUUAUCUCUUUCAUAAGGAAAAGAUAUGCGGAUUACUUUCCUGUGUUCAAGGAUGAAGGCUGUACAUAUCAAUGGCUAGAGGGGGAUCCAAGAAUUGCACUUGAUGGAUUCAACCUUCUUAGCACUGAACUCAUUGUACGUCUGAAAUUAUGGGUCCAAAGUCUAAUAUUUGUUGAAAUUUUGGUGUUUCACAUAUAUACACACUAGUAGUAUUGCAGAAUUCCUUAGAACUCUCAUUCUAAGCUCGGGAAUUCACUUUGUAAAUCUGAAAAUGAUAUUAGGCAGACUCUUUUUUCAAUGUCAUAUUGAAAAUUUCAGCU